ACCGUGGCCGGCGUCGGCAGUACGUUCGGCCGCGGUACUAACGGGGCGCUGGCGUUCUCCUCGUUGUUAUCCCUCAAGCAGCAGCAGCAGCAGCAGCAGCAGCAAUCUCCGACCACUCGACUGUAUGCCACCAGUGGAAGAGGUUCGUUUGACAUUCUGCUGUCGUCGACGACGGUGGGGACAGCCGCGCGGACCGGUCAACAAAAACUUCAAAAACUUCAGAAACUUUUGCCCUCAUCUGUCACAGUCACGUCGUCGUCGACGGCCGCCAUCAGCAUUUCCUGCGCGCCUGAACAGCCACCGCUCGUUCCGUCGAACAGGUCGGCCAGCAGCGAUAGUCUGAAUACGGAUAGUAUAUCGGAAGGCGUAGGCGUAAGCCUAGGCGUUGGGGGGACAACCACUGGAUCCGGCUCCGGCGGUGGCGGCAUCGAGUGCAAAUGCAGCGGUCGACACCUGACCCCGGAUCAGGCGGUGAGGUCGUUCGGCAACAAGCUGAACGCGUUCGAGAUCACCGAGAUCUACAACUACAUGCACGUGUAUUUCGUAGGGCCGCAGGCGAAGAAGCGCAGUGGCACGUACGGUGCUCCGAAUAAUCAUGGCUACGACGAAGAGAACGGUUGUUAUUUGUUGGUACCUCAUGACCAUAUUGCGUACCGGUACGAAGUACUGAAGGUGAUUGGCAAGGGCAGUUUCGGCCAGGUGAUCAAAGCCUUCGAUCAUAAGACUCAGCAGUACGUCGCGUUAAAGGUCGUACGAAACGAAAAACGUUUCCAUCGCCAGGCGGACGAGGAGAUCCGUAUCCUACAGUUUCUACGCGCACGUGACGCUCACAACGCCUCCAAUACCGUACGCAUGUUGGACGCGUUCACGUUCCGGUCACACAGGUGCAUCACGUUCGAGUUGCUGAGUAUCAACCUGUAUGAGUUGAUCAAACGCAACAAAUUUCAAGGCUUUAGCUUGCACCUGGCCCGAAAGUUCGCCUACGGUAUUUUGCAAUGUUUGGCGUUGCUCUUCGAGCAUCGCCUGAUCCACUGCGACCUGAAACCGGAGAAUAUCUUGCUACGACAGCCGGGUCGCAGCGGCGUCAAGGUGAUCGAUUUCGGCAGUAGCUGUUUCGACAGCCAGCGCAUCUACACGUACAUCCAGUCGCGCUUUUACCGUGCCCCUGAGGUCAUACUUGGCUGCAAGUACGGUACGGCGAUCGACAUGUGGUCAUUCGGCUGCAUUCUCGUUGAGCUACUCACCGGCUAUCCUUUGCUACCCGGCGAGGACGAAGCCGACCAGCUGGCGUUGAUGAUCGAACUUUUGGGCUUGCCGUCCGACAAGCUGCUGGUGAACGCGAAACGUGCCCGCAACUUCUUCACUUCCAAAGGUAUGUCGGUCGAUUUCAGUCGAUCCGGUCGGUUGGUUCACCUCCAUGUCUGA